UGUCACAAACGAACAUGUAGUACCGGAUAUGCAAUCUGCGUGCGGUAGCCGACGCCGUCGCUGUCUAGUCCUAUUUUGAUCAACCCUUUGAUUCGGCGUUGUGUCCGUCGCUUCGCCAAGAACCAGCAGCCAAUGCCCAGAGAAGGCGAGCAAAAGAGGAUUUAGACGAGGGAGGAUCUUGUAGGCUCUAUGCGGGAGAUGGGCUGCCAAAUUUCGUCGCUGCUGCUGCUCUUCUUCAACUUUCUAAUUCCGACCUUCGCCGGUCAGUCAAGUGGAGUAUGUAUUUCUCCUGGUGGCCGCUUCCCUGCAUUUUCUUCUGAAGGGAAGCCUCCUAGGAAAGUAUCCAGGGGACCCAGAGAUCUGGCACUCUGCAGGGUCUUCCGCCAAAGUACAUGUUGUGAUGUGGCUCAGACAUACUCUGCUUUGCUAGCAGUAAGAAAGCUAGCUUCAUUUGGAGAAGGCAGCCAAGAAUGCUUGCAUCUGUGGGAAUUGUUGGAGUGCUCUAUUUGUGAUCCACGUGUUGGCAUUCAGCCAGGGCCACCUUUGAUUUGCGCCUCUUUCUGUGAUAUGGUUUUAGAGGCAUGCUCAAAUGCUUAUUUCUCUAUUAAUGCAAAAACCCAGGUUUUGUCUCCUUGUGGCUUAAGCGACAUUGUUUGUGGUAGAGCAAGUGAAUGGGCCUCUAAUGGUACAGAGCUCUGCCAACUUGCAGGUUUCUCUGUGCAACCAGCCAGGGUCAGCUUUCAAGAUGUUGAUGAGCCUUUUUGCUAUGGUGGGAAAGCAAGCUUAGAAUCGAUUGCUGAUUCAUGGAGGGAUCUGCAAUCUAGUUCCCCUGGAAAGACCAAGAACUCUAGGGCACUUGAAGAUUUUCAGCAAUGGGUGGGGGAAGUGCCAAUUAGUGUAAUGAUCUCUUGGGCGGUUGGAGGAUUGGUGCUUACCGCAGGGCUUCUAUUCAUAAGAAAAAGGGAGAGCUACAGCCAUCGCCAAAAGCAAGCAGCUAUUCUACGCACUGCUAGAAAGCUAGAAGCGAGGAUCAACCAGCAGCCCCUCAAUAGACGGAGAUAGGGAGUUGCCAGAUUAAUCUGCUCUUUAAUGCAUAAUACCUAUUUUGUCAUGUCAUUUAGCAGAUUCCUCUAUUGUUUUAUGCUGAAUGUUUUGUAACUGUGAGCUUAUUUUCCUUUUUCUUUGGCAAACUUUCUGCUGCAUAUUGCUUACUGCUUGGCAAGUAUUUGGUGCAUUUGUAUCGUUUUCGCCCACCACAUGAUGGUCCUAAUCGAUCUUGAAUGGAUUUUCAGUACUGUAGACAUUC